CCCCAAACCCCAAGAUGGGACUCCCAGAGGCCCCGUUUCCUCCCUUCUCCCCAUAUCUCUUCCUUAGCCUCCACCCAGAGGGAAUUGGUGGUUUUUGACUUUCCCUGACCUAUAGUGAGACUUCCUUAGGGCCUAUUUAAAAUCCCCACAACUUCAAGAUAGUUGGCUACUCCAGGCAGGGGAGAGAAGAACUGAAGGAGGCUAUGAGCAUGGCUCCCCAGGAAGCCUCCGGAACAGGGCCCAGCUCCCUGGGGCUCAGCCUGCUCCUGCUUCUGCUGCAACCAAGCCCUGAAGGCAUCAGUGGACACUCACCCUCUCUGCCACCCGGCUGCCUGACGAUGGGCCUGCUGAAGGCAUCCUGCCAGGGCCUGGGCCUUCGCACAUUCCCAACAGCUUUGCCUUUGACCAUAGUGCACCUUGACCUCUCUCAUAACCACUUGCAAGUCCUACUGGACAACGCCACGGGAGACCAGCCAAAUCUGCGUCACCUGGACCUCCGGGGGAACCAGCUAGAGGGGCUCUCCCCGGGCUCCCUGCUGCCCCUGCGCCGGCUCCACACGCUCGUUCUGGCGGGCAACUCCUUGAACCGGCGUUACGUGUCCAACAGCCAGGCUCUAUGGCCUCUGAGCCACCUGCGGCUCUUGGACCUUUCCGCCAAUCACCUGGAGAGUGACAUGGUCUCCUCCUAUGUGGCCAAUCGCAGCUCCUUGUGGAGCCUGGAUCUCUCCAACAAUCUCAUCACCCGCCUGGCACGCAGUACCUUCCUGGGAUCUUCCAAACUGCUGGACAUUGACCUCAGUGACAACUACAUCCUGCAAAUAGAAGCUGGGGCUUUUGAAGGCUUGCUGCAGCUGCGGGAACUCUCUUUAGCUAGAAACUCCCUGCACUGCAUCUCAGAUUUCAGCCUCAGGGCCCUGCGGAGACUCAAUCUGAGCUUCAAUGCCCUGGAGUUUUUUGCCACUGAGGAGGGAAAUUGGAGCUACCAGCUCCAGGUGCUGGACCUGAGCCACAAUCAGCUGAGGGCCGUGCCAACGCCUUUAGCCUUGCCCCAUCUCCAGCAUCUCAACCUCUCAGACAACCUCCUGACCUCCCUGGGGCCCCACAGCCCGUCCUCACCUCGGGACGCCGGCUCUCGGGACCCAGAGAUGGUGCCGACGCAGAGUGCCUCUGACCCGGCAGCCAACCUGCCUGAGCUCACUGACCUUGACCUCAGUGGGAACCUACUGGACAGGCUUCCAGUGGGCUUCCUUAGCCACCUGUCUGCACUCCAGAGACUCAGCAUGGGCUGGAACUGUCUUCAGAACAUGUCGGUUCAGCAGCCCAGCCCUGGCCCACCUCUUCUGUCUCUUAGGUCUCUGGAUCUCCAGGGGAAUCGGAUUCAAACUUUUCCAAGCUGGGUCUUUGAAAUUCUGCCUGGUCUCAAAGUCCUGGAUUUGGGAGACAAUGAACUACAGCUAUGCCGGAGGCCCGAGGCAGGCCAGGACGGGCCCUUCCAGAGGCUCCGGCAGCCCUUCGGCUCUGCCUUCCACCUGAAGCACCUGAGCCUGAGCAGAAACGGGCUGAGGCGGCUGUGUGCCACCAGGUUUCCCCCUGCACUCUUGUUCUCUCUCGAUCUCUCAGGCAACACAGGGCUAGCGCUGGUCCCCGGUGACUUCCGGGGCCUGCAGCAUUCCUUGCACGAGCUCUCCCUCCGAGGGAACGGCAUGGCAAGCGCCCACCUGGGGCUCCCCUGCCUUUGGGGACUGCGGGCCUUGGACCUCUCGGGGAAUCAGCUGGCUAGCCUGCCCCGGAACCUCAACUGUUCCUCAUCUCUGCAGACCUUGGACCUGCGCAGAAACCUCCUCCAGGCCUUGGACACGGAGGUCCUGGGUGCCCGCCUUAGGUCUGUGUUCCUUGCAGGCAACCCCUUUCUCUGCUGUAGCUUGGACUGGCUGGCCACUUUGGCCAGGGCCAACGUGAGCGUACCAGACUCAGAGGAGGCCUGGUGUGUGUACCCGGGCGGGGAGCGGGGCUCCAGGGCACCCCUGGCCAGGGAUCACAGUCACUUCUGUAACCGGUGGCAGUGGCGGGGAACUCAGGCUGGGUGGGUGCUUCUGGCUGUCAUCGGCCUGUUCCUCAGCAGCUGCGGAGCGACCGCCCUGCUGCAGAACAGUGGGAAGCUGCCCUGGGCCCUGCAGCUUAGGAAGAGCUGGGCCGGCCCAAAGCCAGAGCCAGAAGACAAGCCCACUUUGGGUAGGGAGAGCGUGGUGGAGAGAAGGGAGCCAGAGCAGAAGUAGGGGCAGGCAGGAAAGGCCCUAGUGAAGAUCAGCAAUACAGGCUGCUUCCUGUCCACGCUUAUCUCGGGCAGCUCUCGUCACCCUGAAGGCCUCCAAGGGAUCGAAUUCGGGCCUUCGUUUGAGCUUGUGUAUAUCCGGCGAGCCCCCUAACGCGAAUGCUUCUGGGAGGGCUCGGAGACUCUCUGGAGGACGACGAGUUCCCACUAAAUCUAGCCCAUCGGAAACCCUUUGGCCUCUAGACCCAUUCAGAAACGCAUCCUUGCUUGGUUCUUCUCUGCAGCGUUGCUUGGUUCUUGGGACCCUUACCAUAGAGACCCAGCUCAGGGUUUACACGUACAAAUCAAGUUCAGUCUCGGAGAAAAGUGAGGUUCUCCUUGGUUCCUCCCCUCCCAUCCCAGGAGCCUCAGAACGGGGCUCAUUUUAGGGACUCUGCAGAAAAAACACACAAAACAUUCAAAAGGGUCCUCGAUUCCCCAUAAAGACUCAGACCAAUCGAACGCCGAACACGAGACGAUGGCAAAACGGGACGAUCCCCUCCUCGCUGCCUGACGAGUCCCACCCCGGCCAGAGUCCUAUAUGGUCUCACAUUAUACAGAGCUUCCUCAAAAGGGAAAAGCAGGUUGUCCCCCUUUCCGUACCCUUCCCCACUUCAGAAAGCAGAAGUUGCUGGAGCUGCUGGAGAAUUGAGGCUCCGGCUUCCAGCGAGCCCCAGAUUUUGAGCCUAAUAGUACUUCCGUACACCCCAACAGAGGAGACUUUGUCCUUGGGGUUGCUCCACAGUCUCCAUAGCUCGCGGCAGGAGGGGAGCGGGGCAGGGUCAGAGUUUAUUUUCGUCUCCGUAUCAUGGCUCACCCUUCCUCCCUUUUCAGCUCCAGGAUGACCCCCAUGGUUAUCCUAUAUCUUCUCUUGGUUCCGUCAGUCAAUAAACAUUUAUUUACAUAUUGACAAGAAAUAAAAAUCUUUACAUAUUUACAAUAAACAUUUAUUUCCAACACUA